GUUGGACCUCGACCUGGAACCCGAAUAGAAAGUACAGGUCGCACUGCUGUAUCUAUGUGUGCGCAACAAGUGUAAGUAAAAGAAACUAUCGUGCUUCAGAUUCCGCGUUCAUGUCGUUGUUGCUCUUGCAAAACGGUAGAUAUCAUCGUCGUUCUUUGUUCUCGUCGGGCCGGAGCACCGGUCGAGCUUUCGCGGACUGCAAGUGCAAGUGUAGCAGAAGCGUACCAAAAUAAAGUCGGGCCAGCACCAGCACCGCUUGCAUGAGCAGUCCGGACCUGCUUCGCUGCACGCGGACUGGGUCCAGCAGUUGCGAGAGCAGUGUCCCGUCGUCUCGCCGGGGGCAGGAGCGCAGAUCGCCUCCAGGAUCAUCUUCGUACAGAAGAAACGGAGCCGUCGGUAGACCUCGACAGGCCUCGCGUUCCAACGCCGCGGCCACGAGGGCCGCAGGACCGCCUUCCUCGAAUUUGUUUAGCCGCCGGAGCAAUUAUGAGAUGAGCAACACGCUGACACACGACCAAGACCGGUCCCGGUCGUACCUUUCCGACGAGGAUACUUCCUCUUCUUCCAGCGAAAACUCUAGCAGCGAAGACAGCGAUGCCGUCGAGGAAUGGAAGUGCGCCAGUGAAUCCAGUUGGAUUACAACCGACUAUUCGUCCAAGGAGUCAUCCUCCGGAAAGUACAAACGCGUUCCGGACAAGACGCACAAAAGACACUGGCUCUUGGCGGCGGUCACCUUGGUUUUUUUUUGUGGUGCUGCCAGUUUUGGCUACUGCUACGCCUACCACAGAGAAACGCUUGUAAAGUGGCUGCCCUUCGUCCGAAGCCUACCGUUCUUCGUACCUGCGGGCGGAGCAAACGGCAGCAACGGUGCAGCGAUCACGCCAAGGUCUUCCAAUGGCAGCGGAGGUGGUGAUGGGUCCGACCACCGAGGUACAACUUCUAAGGAUAUAGUGCUAGCAACAUCAGUCUUGCAGCCGGGGAAAGAUAACGAUCAGGCAAGCGAGGCCGCAGCACCAGAGCACGAACAAGGCGGUAGUGCUGGUGAGCGAUCUUUAUUACCGCCGGGGCGUGGGCGGCCCACGAACCCGCCGAAUGUUCCACAUUCGGACUCGCACUCUUCCUUCGCUGCGACCGAUGCGUCUUUCAAUCCUGCUACUGGUCUGCAAACGGAAAUAAAUGCCAGUACCGAGGAAAACGAAACUGAAGCUCCUGUUCUGGCAACCUCGACGUCGUCAUUGGCCUCUGGCACGUCGCUCGGUGCCGGUAGCGUGACGGGGAGCCCGGGCACUGCAGGGCUACUCGCUGCGGGCGAGAGUAGCCCUAGUGCUGGGCGAAUAUCAUCCUCCGCACCUGUUCCGAACAUCAGGACGAGUCUGAGUCCUGAGGAAGUCGACGCGAAAGAUAUCGCCUUGCUACGGUCGGCAGUGGGUGUUGAGAGUUCCGGCGGCGCAGCCGACAAUGCAUCAUUUCCUAGCCAGCACACCGGCGGUGCUGCGAACGGUGCAGUGGGUGCCGGCGCAACGCGGGGCUUGCCACCAGACCACCCGGGUUCCUCACCGAUCGGGAAAAAAGAUCCCUCAACCUACACCUCUCCGGGGGCAGUGCAAAGCCAAAGGACCGACGUCAGGGGUGAUGAUGUACUAGACGAAGGAGCUUCAUCGCGCAACAAGGGCGCGCAAAGCGCCCUUGCAUUGGCGGUGGGUGAAGCUGCGACGACCGCUCUUCCCGAGCGGAAAACAAGCACCAACAGCUUGCUGCGCGCACUAAUCGCGUCCCCAAAAUCAGUAGCGGUUUCUAUUCUCAAGAAGACACCGCUAGCAGGAUCACUGCCGGCAAGCGAUGACGCCGACGCAGCUCGCAACCAAGACGAUGAGGAAGGUACUUGAGUCGUGUAAGUUACUUGUACUGAUAAGGGAGCAGCUGCUCAGGGACAGCAACUACCAGCAGCUCCAGUAGUACCAGUUUUUUUUCUUUUGGAAAUAUGUGUUUUUCUGUUCCGAUUGAUUAUAUAGGGCACCGACACGAGAAGUCCAUCACCAGUCCUUACUUUGCCCUUUCUACACUAAAAGCUCUGCAUCACAAUAAAAUGAACAUACUAGAUUCCGAAGUGGAGGGACUCCAAAAGAGGAUUGCGGAAGUAGAAGCAGAAAUGCACGAGUUGCGCCGCGAUCGAGAGCAGGCACGUCAUCGGCUUCCGAAGGGUCGCGGAUUGUACUACGUGAAGCCCGGCCCUGGAAGACCGCUCGGUAUGCUACUUUGUCAUAUCCUGCAUAGGCCUAAAGCACUGUCACGUGUACUUGGAGAUACAUAUGCUAGACAAUAAUAUCCCGCUCGGCGGACUGCAUGUUUGGAAACAAAGCACACACACAUACUAUUUCACUUUUUCCUUUUCAUUGCAGGCUCGCUCCACAUCCAAGCCGAUAAGGACUCUGUACUUUUGGCCGGCGACUGUGAAAUUGAAGCCGCGGUUGAGAGACAGGAGAACUGGAUCGCGAGCCAACGAAAGAUGGACCAGUUGCCGAUCGUGGGAACGCUGCGCAGCUACUACCCCCCUAACGUCAUAUGCAGGAAACGAAGUCCGACCGCUUCCUCGAGCGCCCUCUCGUCCUCGGCCGAGGACCUCGAACCGCUAGACGAGCGUGCUUUGGCUACCUCGACGAACAUGGACGAGUUGACGAUGCAGCGUCCCCGGCGCCUGGCGGAGAAAAAGAAGAGCAAAAUUGCACGGGAGCAAAAAGAAAUGGCAGUGCGGCAGUCUUCACAAAACGAGGAUGGUAACGCUAUAAAAACAAUGGCGGACGACGACCACGUCGAUGAGGAUGCACCGCACCGGCCGCUUCACGACCCCGAAGUAGAACUAGGAGAAGGAACACCUACCGCGGGAAAGGCAGUAGAUGAUGGUGCCCAGGCGGCGGCGACUCCUCCGGGUCACGACGCAAUAAUCGAUUCGCCACACCGAAGCGGAGAUGGUUCAGCCAGCUCCUCGUCCAGGAGCCCAACUUCUUUCCCUGCAACCUCUCAUCAUGCUCAAACAGAGUCUGAUCAUCAUGGAAAAAGUACUAGCACAACUGUGACUCUUUCUUCCAUCGUGCCCCAGCGACCUCAGGCCAAUGCUCUUGCGGCCUUGCCAAUGUCGCGCGUUGACCAGUUGAAGCUUAAGCUGCAGGACCGAGAGCGUCGACUCGUUGAGAUGAAGAAUGCCAAGGAGCGCGGCUGGGAUCGUCAGGGCCAAGCACCGCCAGGAAUCGGCUUCUGGAAAACUGCGAACUGAUUUGCAAGUGAGGCAAGCGGAUAUGUAUAAAGGCAGAUGUUGUUUUCGUUUUGCAACAAAAAGGAGCAAACUACGUCAGCUGUGCUUGUGAAGGUCGUGAGACACAGCCCGCCACUGCGUCUGCUACAAACUCAUGUGGCCGGUAUCUUGAGAUUGAGAUUGCCGUUGGCGGCCAAAUCUCGUACGCAAUUAAUGUGUCACGACCUUGAAAUUACUUCUGCAUACUGUUGAAGCCCAGAGAAUACAAGAAAUGCCACAAAGACAAAGGCUACCCAUGCCAAUCCGCACAAAGACCGAGAGAACACAGAAAAUUCUAUUUUUUGAGGCUGCCCGUGCCCCGUUUCGCUUCUUUUGCACGACAUGCUUGUUUCUUAUCUACAUUUCCCAAUUUUGUCUGAUAUACUCCAAAGCAAAUCCCUCCAAUAGCGAUUGAGAGUCCACCAAUCGCAGAUCUUGGCAUGUUUCCCAUUUACUCGAUGGAAGAAACAUGGAUGCAAAUUUUAGUUUUCUAUGCAGGAAAUGUUACAUCUCUUAGCGCCGAGGAAAAUAACUGCAGACCUUUAAAACUCCAUUGCCUGACGAAAGAAAAACAAAAUGUGUUGCUCGUGUCUGCAAACCGCUUUAAAAAAGACACAAAUACAGCGAAAUCUAAUGGGCGAACAAUGUGUGAUUGUAUUUGUUGAUAAAGAAGCAUGACUGACCACUGUCAUUGAAUACAGGACGAACGCAGAUAAGUGUGUUUCUAUCGAUAGGUAUAUGUAAAAUAGGCAAAGCUGUA